AUGGACUGCGCAGAAGAAAAAGCGAAGUCUUUACGACGUCAAAUAGCUGAUACCGAGGCUGAGCUUGCCCAACUAAAACUUCAACUUUUGAGUCUCGAAGAAAAAGAUACCAACUCAAAAAAUCUUGAAGCUAAAACCUCGGCAUCAGAAAAAGAUGAUCCCGUGACUCAUAUUGAGAAUAAAUGGCCUAUGAGUUUGGAGGAAUACAAACGAUAUGGAAGACAGAUGAUUGUGCCUGAUAUUGGCAUUAAGGGACAAUUACGACUUAAAUCCGCUUCUAUUCUCCUAGUUGGAGCCGGAGGUUUGGGAUGCCCGGCUGCUGCAUAUAUUGCCGGCGCAGGAGUUGGUACUAUUGGAAUUGUCGAUGGAGAUAUUGUAGAAGAAUCCAAUUUACAUCGUCAGAUAUUACAUAGCACAGAUCGAGUGGGUGUUAAUAAGGCUGGUAUAGUCAAAGAUUAUGACAUAGUUCUCGACUGUACAGAUCAUCCAACAUCCCGGUAUCUCAUCUCAGAUAUCUGUGUUCUCCUCCAAAAGCCCCUCGUUUCCGCCUCCGCACUCCGAACAGAUGGACAGCUAAUUGUCUUGAAUAAUCCUGCUUUACCUCCCGGUGACCUCUCAGGUGGUUCAUGUUACCGCUGUGUUUUUCCCAAGCCGCCUCCACCAGAGGCCGUAACAAGCUGUGGCGAUGGAGGAAUCAUCGGACCUGUGGUAGGCGUAAUGGGAGUUCUACAAGCUUUGGAAGCUAUCAAACUUAUUGCGUCUGGAAAAUUGGCCGCUGUUGGGGAAAAUGACAAUACAAGUCCUACUCCCAAAAUGAAUCCUACCACAAUGUUAUUGUUCUCCACAAAUGGAUCUACACCAUUCAGAAAUGUUCGACUGAAAGGUAGAAGAUCAAACUGUUUCGCUUGUGGAGAGGAGGCCCAGUUGGCUCUCGAGCAAAUGAGCUCGGGUUCUAUGGAUUAUGUCCUAUUCUGUGGUAUGACGCAUCCCGUCAAGUUAUUGAGUGAUGAAGAGAGGAUAGAAGCGAGAGAUUACGAUUCAAUAAGGAAGGAGAAAGAACACUUGUUGAUUGAUGUUCGGGAGAAGGUGCAGUUUGAUAUCUGCAACAUUGAGGGGUCAUACAAUAUACCUUUCUCGUCAUUUCAAGGAAGCAAAGGGAGUAGCGAUCACCCACUAUCAACACUCACCGAAAAUCUGAAUCCGAAAACUCCUAUAUACGUCGUUUGUAGACUUGGCAAUGACUCUCAAAUAGUAACGAAGAAGAUGAAGGAUUUGGGCUUGGAUCAAAAAGGCGAUAGAUACAUUGGAGAUAUCAAGGGAGGCCUACGAUCUUGGAAAGAACAAGUAGAUGGUUCUUGGCCGGAAUACUAA